CCCUCCCCGGCUCCAUCUCAGCCCUGAUCCCUGGGACGGAUGUGGGACACGCUGAUCUAAUCUCCAGCAGUUCAGUCUUUUGAAACUUUCAGCGCCUCUCAAAUUACUUCCCAUUUACCCGCAAAAGACCCCUAAUGUGACUCGACAUUAAUGACUUUAACGGCUCUUUAAUGAGGAAAUGGCAGGCUAGUCUAUGGGAGGGGGAGGCCCGGGCAGCCCUGAAAGGGUUAAUUUAAAGCCCCCUCCUCCCUUUCCAGUUUCCAAAUCUUGAAUGUGCUCUGUGUGAGCCUCACACACUGUUCCCCCGUAUUCUGCUCUCCAGUCCUCACCUACGGUCUGUCCUUGUAACUGGAGAGGGUGUGGGGUCCCAAAUUAUCUCCCACCCACCCAUAACCUCCAAAGGUGGAUUCAUUCAGCACCCAGCCUUAUAGACCACUGGCUUUUGCUAGGGGGUUUACACCCUACUUGUGCCCAUUUUAGGUUUGACUCUUCCCAUUCUGACCAGCAUCCUAAUUCCCUGGAACGUCUCUUAUGCUGAGAGGAUAUUCUCCUGUCUAACUUCAUCCCUGCACUGGGCACCAGUCAGCACCUGCCCUCCUCUGCUCAUGCCACUCAGCUAUCACUCAAAGGCAUUCUGAACCAAGAACAAAACCUUCUCCAUCAGAACGUACACUGCAGCCCUCCAAGAACAUAUUGGAGUACAUUGGUUUGCAAUUUGUAAGGGUGGCACUCUGUGCCUGGCAUGGCCGGGGGGAUGUGUGUGACUCUGUUGCUCCUGCUCAGUGUAGUCCCUGCAGGGAGCAGGAAGAGCUGGAGGAGACGUGGGCAACAGUUUGUACCCAGCAGCCGUGAGCGAACGGAAGGGGGUGGAGAGAGCUUCCCAUUGGAUUUUACUGCUGUAGAAGGAAAUAUGGACAAUUUCAUGGCCCAGAUAAAGAGCCUGGCACAGUCAUUGUACCCAUGUUCUGCACAACGUCUGGAUGAGGAGAUGAAAUUGCACCUUCUGAUCAAUCAGUCCAUCACCUGCAAUGAUGGGAGUCCAGCUGGUUACUACCUAAAAGAGUCCAAAGGCAGCCGUCGGUGGCUCGUCUUCUUGGAAGGGGGCUGGUACUGUAUCAGCCGUGAGAACUGUGAUAUGCGAUACGAUACCAUGAGGAGACUCAUGAGCUCUAAGGGAUGGCCAGCCACUAAAACAGCUUCAGGGAUUUUGUCAACUCAGCCAGAGGAGAAUCCACAUUGGUGGAAUGCUAACAUGGUAUUCAUUCCAUACUGUUCCAGUGAUGUCUGGAGCGGAGCAUUACCCAAAUCAGAGAAAAGUGAAUACGCUUUCAUGGGAUCACUAAUUAUACAGGAGGUGGUGAAGGAACUGCUUGGAAAAGGGAUGGACAAUGCUAAAGUUCUUCUACUGGCUGGAAGCAGUGCUGGUGGAACAGGGGUCCUUCUGAAUGUGGAUCUGGUAGCUGAGCAGCUGGAGGAAUUGGGCUAUCCUGGGAUCCAGGUACGAGGUCUCUCAGACUCUGGCUGGUUUCUUGAUAACCAGCAAUAUAGGAGGACAGACUGCACGGACAUUAUCACAUGUGCACCUACAGAGGCCAUCCAGCGAGGAAUCAGAUACUGGAAUGGGGUUGUACCAGAAAGGUGUAAGCAGCAAUUUAAAGAAGGAGAAGAAUGGAACUGCUUCUUCGGCUAUAAGAUCUACCCUACUCUGAGAAGUCCUGUUUUUGUGGUUCAGUGGUUGUUUGAUGAGGCGCAGCUGACCGUGGAUAAUGUUCAUCUGAACGGGCAGCCGGUGCAGGAAAACCAGUGGAAUUAUAUCCAGAACUUGGGUCGGGAGCUGAGGAACACGCUGAAAGAUGUUGGGGCAUGCUUUGCACCUGCAUGUCUGUCUCAUGAAGUCAUCACACGCAGUCACUGGACAGAAGUUCAGAUUCGUGGGACAUCUCUCCCCCGUGCGCUGCACUGCUGGGAUCGCAGUCUACAGGAAACAAACAAAAACAGCAAGACCCCUUUAAAGGGAUGCCCCUUCCACAUGAUGGACAGCUGCCCUUGGCCACAGUGUAACCCCACCUGCCCUUCCAUCAGAGACCACUUUACAGGGCAGGAGAUGAGUGUGGUCCAGUUUCUCAUGCACCUUGGCUUUGAUGUUCAGAAAAUGGCAAGCCAACAAGGCAUGGAGCCAGGCAAACUGCUGGGAGUGCUAAGCAGCUAGUUGGGGGAAUGCUCAGCAUUAAGGGGAAGGGCCUUAUAUUUAUGGGAGGGCUUUCUUAAAGGGAAAGGGUCUGACAGUGAUGAAAGGAGUAACUUAUUAGGUAGGGCAGGAAAGGGCUAGUGAAGGAGAGUGGAGUAAUGAGGGCUUCUGUUGAGUCAGUCUAAGAGUGUCCGAGCCUGACUGGUUCACAAUAAAGCAGCAUGUGGUUGGUUUAAGUAAUAAGGGUGGCCUGCUAACAUGAGGAUCAGCCAAAUAGCUGGCACCUGAGCUGGGAUAAGGGGAUGUUUUUUAUUGAUUAUUUUUAAAUGACAAAAAAAACCACGGGACAGACAUUAAUUGCAGGACGUUCUUUACAUACCAAGAUACAGUCUGUUUGGCUCCACAUUGUCUGACCCUCCACAGGCCAUUGUCCCAUGCUGCCAAGUUGUGACCAGAGCGUGCCCUUCUCUGUAGUGACUUUUUAGUCGGCAAGUGAGAUAGAAGAUCAUUUUUAGAUCCUUUUUGUAAGAUAAUUUUUUUUUAUAAAACUAAGCAAACAAACCUCAUUCCUGGGGGAGCCAUGUUAUUUAUUGGAGUUUGUAAAUCCUAUUUAUGAAUGAGGGCGGGAGAGCUGCCCUGUGUACAGAUGUAAAUAGAACCUGCAUGUCCUGUAUCAUGGAGACUAUUCCCUCAUUAAAAAGAAAAACUUUCUACA